AUGCCGCCGCGCGACAACCACGAUGCCCCCCAAGCAGGCUGGCGACUCUUCCUCGGCCCUGCGGCUCUCGCAGCGCCGGCCGCUAGCAUGUCAAGGCGGAAGCGAAAAUGCGACAAGCAGAUCCCCUGCUCACGCUGCCGGCGGCUCAAGCUGAACUGCUCAGUGGAAACGGUCCGUCUAAGACGUGAUGCAGUGCAACAUGCAUCGGAGAUCCAAUUCCUGGAGUCACUCCUUGGCGAUCUGGACUCAUUCUCGACGGAGAAACUGCCGCAGAUCACCCAGAAACUGAGGAGCAGGAUCACGCGCCUCCAGACAGGCGACGCUGUGAUGAAAUCUGAUCAACCUGAACAACCAGAGCAACCGGUUCAGGUAGAUUCAACGGCGGCGGCGGCGGAACCGGUGCAUCUGCCCGAGCCCGUCGACGAAAAGCAGAUGCGAAGUCGAUUCGCCGAAGCCCCAUCAGACAAUACGGACCCUCCACUGCUAACGGCCAUCGAGCAUCUCGCCUGGGGCCGCAAUUCUGCUGGAUGCUAUCCACACCGGCGAUGUGGAUGUCAAUAUCGCAGAGACAGCCCGGAAUUUCUGUCGUUAAAUAGUGCAUCUUUUCAAAUAUUCGGCUCUGCGUUGGAGUCCAUGGUCGAUUUCCCCAGGACGACUGAGGCCCAAAAGCUCAUCAAGUUUCAUGUCUAUCACCUCGCAUGGCACCACAACUGCUUUCACGGACCAACCUUCCUUCAGCAAUGCGAAGUCUUCUGGACAACGGGAAGGUGCGAUCAUCCCCUGUGGGCUGCACUUUACUUUGCGGUGCUGAGCUGCACCAUCAACUCGAUCCAGAAUAGCCAUAAGCUGCGGUUGCAGGUGGACGUCAAUCUUGACGGGAUGCAAACCACCCAGCAACUUUUUUCAGCAAUGGUACAAACCAUGUACAGCUCGCACUUUUUGAACAAUAUCUCAAUCUAUUCAGUUCAGGCGGUCGUGAUCUCAACGGAGGUUGCACAUAAUCUUGGGUUGAGUCAACUCAAUGCGACACUGUUCAACGCGGCAGUUCGUAUCGCCGAGUGCCUCGGACUGCACAAAAUCAAAGACCAUCCGGCCAUAUUAUCCCCGAACAGAGAUCAGUGGGAAGAGCGAGUGGAACGCGAAGUCGGUAGAAGAGUAUGGUGUCAAAUGAUCAUCCAGGAUCAUUUCGCUAUCCCCUUUACCGAUACCUACAGCAUAUCGCCGAUGCACUAUUCAACAAGUCGCCCAAUGAAUGCGGAUGAUUACAAUUUGGUCGAGAUGCCGGCCAGUAUUCCAACCAUCAGCACAUACGUUCGCGUUCUCGUGAACCUGGCAGCGCUAAUGCCCGACUUAUGCGACGGACUUGGUCCGAUGGACAAGAGAAAGCCUCCCCGCGAGCAAUAUGAGCGCAUUCUGCAAGUAGACCAGAAAAUGCGGACAAUCGUACAAAACAUACCACCGUUCCUGCUGCGACCAGAUAAACAAAAAGAGGCCCAGAUCCCGUGGCUGCGUAUCGCCCGACGCAGCCUUGCGAUAACGGCAGCAGAGAAGAUCAUCAUGGUCCACCGACCAUUCCUGUUUCACUCCUUCCACGACCCAAGAUACACGCAUACAAGACGCACCUGCGUCGCCGCAGCGAUGACCAUAUUGCGAGAACAUGAGACAAUCGUCGAGGAAGACGACCUCUCCAUCUGGACCCACAGCGCUUUCGCCAUCACAGCCGCAGUAAUCCUAUGCUUCGAGGUAAGCUCAAUCGUGGAAGAAGCAGACAACGCGAAAAAAGACCUAUAUAGGGACGCUGUGAUCAGCGCCCGCGACCGGCUCGCCCUGCGACACUCUGAUGUCCUCGCGCAACGGGGCGUAGCCCUCAUCGACGCGAUCUUCAUUUCCGAAGGAUCCAGCAUCAGCGCCGUGGAACUCAAGCCGGGAAAACCCAUCGAUUUCAAUCGGAUAUUUGCGAAUUUCUCGACAUUGAGCAAGAUGAACCCGAAUGCUGACGUCGAUGAUAUGUCCAUUACCAAGCUUCUUGGUAGUACGCCUGAGGGUUCUGGCUCUGCUGGAUUUGAUGCUGAUGAAAUGGCCUUGGCGUGGAAUCAGGAGGAAAUUGAUUUCGAUGCUUGGUUUAAUGGUGUCUUUAACACUCUUCAGACUUCUCCUCUUGAUGUUUGA